AUGGUUGAUGGAAAACCAAUUAAUCUUGGUCUCUGGGAUACCGCUGGUCAAGAAGAUUAUGAUCGUUUACGUCCUCUUUCAUAUCCUCAAACGGACGUUUUCUUAAUCUGUUUCUCUUUAGUUAGUCCUCCUUCUUUCGAAAACGUUCGGGGCAAGUGGUAUCCUGAAAUCACUCAUCAUGCACCAAAUAUUCCAAUCAUUCUUGUUGGAACAAAACUCGAUCUUCGUGAAGAUAAAGAGACCAUCAUUAAACUUCGUCAAAAAGCUCAACAACCUGUUACAUAUCCUCAAGGUUUACAAAUGGCCAAAGAUGUUUCCGCCGUAAGAUAUCUCGAAUGUUCUGCCCUUACUCAAAAAGGAUUAAAGAACGUAUUUGAUGAAGCCAUCCGUGCUGUCCUUUGUCCUGCACCCGUACCAAAACGUAAGAGGCAAUGUAUUAUAUAA